AUGAGUUCUGACUCUUCAAAACAAUAUGCGGAUUUUAUAGGGGCGCUUGAAAAGCUCUUCCACAUAAAAUCUAAUGGACCUAUCGAAGAUAUGUGCAGUAUAAUUACAAAUACUUUGAUUUCGAAGUAUCAACUUUCAAUCAAUCAACUUACAAAGUUAAUUCAUGGGGCAAUUAGAUACAAUUAUGCAUCUGGAGCGAAUUACGUCAAAAUACUCGAACAGAUCGGGGCUGACCUAACCGGAGUUUCCGAUUACCAUUUUGAAAAGGAGGGUUCGAUUAAAUUUAUAGUUAUGCAUGAUCAAAUUGAUAAGUUCAAGGAAUACUUAACUCAAAAUUCAAUAUCUGGUGAUAUUUUUCUCGAAAUUCCUAAUUUCAGGUACAAUGCUUAUCACGAUGAUGGAUAUUAUGCAGAUUUAUCACUAAUUGAAGCAUGUGCCUACUUUGGAUCUGUUAACAUUUUUUAUUUCUUGAUUUCGAAUCAAAUCAGUAAAAUAACUAAAAGAUGUCUUUGCUACUCAGUAAUUGGAGGAAAUCAAGACAUCAUCAAUGAAUGCUUGAAAGAAAAUAAAAUGGAUAUUGAUUGUCUCAGAAGCAUUAUAAGAUCACACAAUCACGAAUUGCUUGAAUAUGUUUUAGAUAGAGAGAUAUUCGAGCUUGAUGAUUUAUACGGUGAGGUUUUGAAAUCGGGAAAAGAAGAGAAUUGUAUGGGAGAUGUAAAGUAUAAACCUGUAUAUAAAGAUAUCAUCAGAUAUCAAAACCUUAAUGCUGUAUUUCUUCUAUUCAAAAGGAACAAAUAUUACAUCUUUCCAUGGGGUGCAGCAUUUCCGCAAACAAUAGAUAUUUUCAAAAACAAUACAUUUUCUAACAAAUAUAAUCACACUAAAUGUGGAAUUAUUCAUUUUGCAUGUAAAUCGAAAAAUUCUGAUAUUUGCAGAUUAUUACUUGAGUCAUACAAUCAAAUUAUGGUCAACAAUAAUGAAGGAAAUGAUGAAUGUAUUUCACAGGGUAUAGAUAUUAAUGAAAAAGAUGAUGAUGGACAAACUGCACUUCAUAUUGCAGCACGUAAGAAUAGUAAAGAAAUAACAGAACUUUUUAUUUCACAUGGUGCAAAUAUCAAUGAAAAAGAUAGUGAUGGAAAAACCGCUAUUCAUUUUGCAGCAAUACAUAAUAGUAAAGAAACAGCCGAACUUCUUAUUUCACAUGAUAUAAAUAUCAAUGAAAAAGAUAGUGAUGGAAAAACCGCUAUUCAUUUUGCAGCAAUACAUAAUAGUAAAGAAACAGCCGAACUUCUUAUUUCACAUGAUAUAAAUAUCAAUGAAAAAGAUAGUGAUGGAAAAACCGCUAUUCAUUUUGCAGCAAUACAUAAUAGUAAAGAAACAGCCGAACUUCUUAUUUCACAUGAUAUAAAUAUCAAUGAAAAAGAUAGUGAUGGAAAAACCGCUAUUCAUUUUGCAGCAAUACAUAAUAGUAAAGAAACAGCCGAACUUCUUAUUUCACAUGAUAUAAAUAUCAAUGAAAAAGAUAGUGAUGGAAAAACCGCUAUUCAUUUUGCAGCAAUACAUAAUAGUAAAGAAACAGCCGAACUUCUUAUUUCACAUGAUAUAAAUAUCAAUGAAAAAGAUAGUGAUGGAAAAACCGCUAUUCAUUUUGCAGCAAUACAUAAUAGUAAAGAAACAGCCGAACUUCUUAUUUCACAUGAUAUAAAUAUCAAUGAAAAAGAUAGUGAUGGAAAAACCGCUAUUCAUUUUGCAGCAAUACAUAAUAGUAAAGAAACAGCCGAACUUCUUAUUUCACAUGAUAUAAAUAUCAAUGAAAAAGAUGAAUGUGGAUACACAGCUCUUCAUAUUGCAGUACAUGGAAAUAAUAAAGAAAUCAUUGAACUUCUUAUUUCACAUGAUAUAAAUAUCAAUGAAAAAGAUAAUGAUGGACAAAACGCACUUCAUACUGCAGCAAUUAAUAAUAGUAAAGAAACAGCCGAACUUCUUAUUUCACAUGGUAUAAAUAUCAAUGAAAAAGAUAAUGAUGGACAAAACGCACUUCAUAUUGCAGCAAGUAAUGAUAGUAAAGAAACAGCCGAACUUCUUAUUUCACAUGAUAUAAAUAUCAAUGAAACAAAUGAUGAUGGACAAACCGCACUUCAUUUUGCAGCAAUACAUAAUAGUAAAGAAACAGCCGAACUUCUUAUUUCGCAUGGUAUAAAUAUCAAUGAAAAAGAUAAUGAUGGGAAAACAGCACUUCAUUAUUCAAUGGAAAAUUGUAAAGAAAUAAAAGAACUUCUUAUUUCACAUGGUGCAAACACCAAUGAAAUAAGAAAAUUCUAUUAA